CUGAACGCGCUCAGUGAAUCUAAAAUGACGACAGCUUUCGUAACGUUUCUCCUCGUUCUGAUGAUCUGUCAGGCGAGUUCCCUGAUCAGAAAUACCGACAAAGUUCAAGUGGAUUUGAAAUACCGGCUGCCGGCUGGCGUAGUGACACCGACCUCAUACAAAUUGCACAUCACGCCUAAUUUCGAAAAAUUCACAUUUGAAGGUGAAGUGGAUAUCAAAUUAACAGCGCUGACCAAUAAUGACAACUUGACUCUGAACUCAAAGGAAUUGAAAAUCAAGAGCGUUGAGCUCAUGGAUUUGAAUACAACGAAGACUUUUAAGAAUUCUUACUUAACGGACGAAAUGCACGAGAUCAUGAUUAUCAACUUACAUUCCUCGCUUGAAAAAGAUCAUCACUAUUCACUUAAAAUUAACUACAGUGGAAUUUUGAACGAGAGAAUGAAAGGAUUUUAUUUGAGCAGGAUCAUAGAAGACGACGAAGUAACCGGAUACGUCGCAGUGACUCAUUUCCAGCCAACAGACGCUCGAUCAGCGUUCCCAUGCUGGGACGAACCUAUCUACAAAGCGAAGUUCACCAUCUCAUUGGUGCACAAUAAGACACUGCAGGCGAUUUCCAAUAUGGGCGUACAAGCAAAACAAGAAGGAGGUGGUGACAUGGUGACCACUUCAUUCAAAGAAACCCCGCCGAUGUCCACUUAUUUGGUAGCAUUUAUCAUAGGCGAUUAUGUACGGACAGAAGAUAAAACCGACGACGGGUUCGUCUAUGGGAUAUGGACGGAAAGGAGCGCGAUGAACCAUACUCGAUACGCUUUGAAGAAGAUGAGACAGAUUCUAGAAGAGCUGAAUGUGUACACGGGUAUUCCGUACCAGAAUUACAUGCCAGAAAAAAUAGAUCAAGUAUCGCUGAAGGAUUUCACGGCCGGCGCCAUGGAGAAUUGGGGUCUCGUAACUUACAGAGAAAGUGCUCUGCUUCACGACGAGGCUAAAACCACAGCCACCGAGAAGAAGUUUAUACUCACCGUCAUGGCUCACGAGUUAUGUCAUCAAUGGUUCGGUAAUCUUGUCACUCCGAUAUGGUGGAAACAUAUUUGGCUGAACGAGGGAUUCGGCAACUACUUCCAAUAUUUUAUUCCUCACAAAGUAGAACCUGAAUUGCGAUUGGACCAUAUGUUCGUCGUAGAAAACAUGCAAGGAAUGGCGAUGGUCGCGGACGCGCAUCCGAAGACAACUAAAAUGAUCGAGGACGCGAACACUCCUAAAGAAAUCGAUGCUCUCUUCAACAACAUCGCCUACAACAAAGCGAGUUCUGUUAUUCGAAUGAUGUCGCACGCCCUGACGGAAGCGGUUUUCCAUAGAGGCUUGCAAAUCUAUUUGACAAAACACGCGUUAGGUAAUGCAGAUUCAAAUAACCUUGGAGAAUCUCUCCAGAGAGCCUUGAACGAGAAACCUAGAUGGACACAGCCUAAAUGUAGAGAACCCGUGAAAGAAGUAAUGCAGGAGUGGCUGGAAAGGCCGGGAUAUCCAAUGGUGACAGUUAAAAGAGUCGAAGAAGGUUACCAGUUGACGCAGGAACAUUUCGUGAUGGCGAUGAUAAAAAUCGACGAAUUCAACACGAAGUGGUGGAUACCAACCACUUAUGUCGAGGAAUCGGAUCCCAAUUUUAACAACACGUAUCCCGCCGAUUGGAUUGAUCCAAGCGAGGAAUCACACAUCGUACACUCUAAGCAAAAAGAGGGAUGGUUCAUUUUCAACACGCAACAAGCAGGUUACUAUCGCGUGAACUAUGAUGAGAAAAACUGGAAAUUGUUGACGAAUGAGCUGAACAUGGGAAGCGCUACCAAGAUACACGUAUUGAAUCGUGCCCAGUUGAUCGACGACGCGAUGAACAUAGCUCAAAUUAAACGCUUGAACUACACGAUCGCACUGGAUUUGACCCUCUACUUAAGGCACGAGACCGAUUACAUACCCUGGGUCACGGCGUUCAGACAUGUGCACUUUCUGCAGAACGUGCUCCGCACCUCCAACAAAUAUUACCUUUACAAACGUUACGUGGCAUAUCUGAUGAGGGGUUUGACGGAGCAUGUGGGUUAUGAACCGAAGGCAGGAGAGAGCGAACUCAUUAAAAUAUUCAGAGAACAAGCAUUUCCAUGGGCCUGCGAAUUUGGCGUCAAGAGCUGCAUAAGCUAUGCUGAGAAACAAUAUCAUCACUGGCUCGAGAACCCUAAAGGGCAAUUGGACCCUGGACUGAUGAACGAAAUUCUGUGUGCUGGAGUGAGAAACGCGAACGUAAACGUGUGGCAUAAAACUAAGGAGCUUUUAAUAGCAUCUACGAACGAUGCGGAAGAAAGGAAGGAACGGAUGUUAAUCUUAACCUGUUCCAACUCGCCUAUCAUUCUAAUAGAAUUCUUAAAGUCAACCUUCGAUAAGAACUCCCCGAUUGAUUUCCUGACCGCUGUACAACACGUGGUGGGUAGCUAUCCGCGUGGUCCUCAGCUGGUGUACAAUUUCUUGAUCAAAGAAUACAGAGAACUCGAGAAAUUAGAGAAUUUCCACGAUAUGAUACCAAUGGUUGCAUUGGCGAUUGGUGGAGGAAUUACGGACAUGCAACUAUAUCUUAAUCUGAGCGCAUUCUUGAUGGAUAGAAAACUGGGGAAUGCGCUGCAACAAGCCCUGGGUGGGUCGACAGAAAACAUGAUUUGGAUUCAUGACCACAGAUCAACCGUAGAAAAGUGGUUGGAUGCUAACAGUCACUUAUUCGAUAAUUCUGCCAGUUCGAUAGCAAUAGCGUCGUUCCUUCUUAUAUUCUCAUUAUUUAUUACCCGAUUUUACUAAAGCGUAAUUUUAAUAAAGUAGACGUACUAGGGAGUAGCUUGAAUGAAAUAGAAACUGACCCAAUGGGCGAACGAAUGCAAUUAAGCAUUAAGAGUUUUAAAAUUAACAGACUAAAAGUACAUUUUAACGAUAUCGCAAAAACGCGACUGAAGUACAUGGGCUGAAAGGGUACUAACAGAUUUUAUAAAAUACGUAUUGAUUGUAAAUACAUAUUUUUAUAUCCGGACUAUAAAAAAAAUGUAGAACAAAAUAACAACAAAACAAACUUUAACAUCGUUGUUUAAUUUCUACGUGUUAAAUAAAUAAUGUAAGGGAAAUAGAAGAUUUGUCUAUAUUUUAAUUUAACAGACGUUCCUAAGCAUAAUUCAUUCAACAUACACUUUAAUAUUCUUCGAAAUUAAUUUUUUAUCAUAAUGUUUAAUUUGACUAAUACUGAACGAACGGAAGUAGCGUACGAAUGCGAUCAGACAUUAAGAGUUUUAAAAUUAAUAGACCAUAAGUACACUUAAACGAACCGCAAAAACGCGACCGAUGUACAUAGACCCAAAGGGUACUAACAGAUUUUAUAAAAUACGUACUAAUUGUAAAUACAUAUUUUUAUAUCCGGACUAUAGAAAAAUGUACAACAAAAUAACAAUAAAACGAAGUGUAACACCGUUGUUUAAUUUCUAUGGGUUAAAUAAAUAAUGAGAGGGAAAUAGAAGGUUCUUCUCGUUUUAAAUUUGUCGGUUUCCUCGAUUUAUCGAAUUAAUAGACCAGAGAUACAGUUAAACGAAUCGCAAAACAUGAUAGAAAUACAUAGCGUCCAAAGUG